GAGGCAGCUUGUCGCUCUGUCGGGUCAGCUGGUACAGCAGCAACAGUAGCAGCAGCAGCAGCAGCUUCUCUCUGACAGAUGUGAGCCACUUUGUUGAACCAUGCGUGUUGACAGCGGCUGUAAACCCACAGAGCAGAUGCAGUCUGACUUCAGCCUCAGCGCAGAAAUGAAUGAUCCGACAGUCCUGUUCGGAACUGGGACGAUUUGAAGAGGAAGAACUGUUGCAUCUUCGGAGUAACAAUCGAGGGUUUUUUUUUUUUUUUUUUUUUUUCCUUCCCCCAACCCCACGCUCUCUGUUAUUUGUUCAAAUAUUGCCUGAAGAAUAGAGCAUAUAUGAUGAAAUGCAAGGCCAACCAGACCAGGACGUACGACGGAGAUGGCUUCAAGCGAAGAGCGGCGUGUUUGUGUUUGAGAAACGAGAAGGAGGACGAGGUGCUGCUGGUGAGCAGCAGUCGACAUCCAGACCAAUGGAUUGUUCCCGGAGGAGGGAUGGAGCCUGACGAGGAGCCCGGUGUUGCUGCCGUCAGGGAGGUGUACGAAGAGGCUGGUGUGAAGGGAAAACUUGGCAGACUUCUUGGGAUAUUUGAGCACAAUCAAGACAGAAAGCACAGGACGUACGUCUACGCUCUUAUUGUGACAGAAACACUGGAGGACUGGGAGGACUCUGUUAACAUUGGUAGGAAGAGGAAGUGGUUCAAGGUGGAGGAUGCCAUCAGGGUGCUGCAGAGCCACAAGCCUGUCCACGCAGAGUACCUCUGCAGACUCGCGGACACCUGCAGCCCCCCCUAYGGGCCUGUGUGUUGCCCCCGAGCGAUGGACAGCAAGGCCCCUCACUAUGUUGUUUGCUCAGCGCAGGACUCGGAGCUCUUCAACAGAUAGGCCUUACAGCUGAGAGUUCCUCCAGAGGACACCGAUGGACUAUACUGGAGCAUUGGUUGCUUUAUGAACACAGGUUUUUCACUUGAACAAUAUUAAUUUUGCAGAAAGUUAAUAAAAAAAAACAAAAAAAAAAACAAGAAAACAUAGUAGCCCUUAAAAAGUGCUGUGAUGCUUUUUAGGUGUAUUUAAAGCAACAGUUAGCAGCUGACAGAUCAAAUGCAUCCCCCUUUAGGGGUUCGGUUACUGUGAAGUAAAGUUCUUACCGGGGUCUUACAUGUUUGACCUCAGUGUUCCCACUGUGUUGGUGGUUUCCAGAAGACUGAAACUGGGAAAUGUUGGCCUUAAGAGGAAGCUCUGUUCCCACUCUGACUCACUGCCAAAUAAUUUCCUGUUGCAAGAAGAGGUAGCAGCCACAAGUGUGUGUAUGUUUUAGAACAAUUUUWUGCAUUUUGUUUCCCCUCAUGAUACUCUAGAUUGAGUUUUCUUCUUGGUUUAAAGUUAGCUUUGUUGCAAUAAAUGAGUCAAUUGUUGCAACAAGCAGGGUUGUUAGUACUCUGUUUAAAACCUGAGAGGUUGCCUUAAAUAGCAUUGAGAUAUUAUUUAUAUACACAUACAUAAAUAAUGUUAAAAUGAGCUACCUGUGGUAAAGGUGAAUAAAAAUCUUUAAAUUAUUCAUCUUUUAUUGUAGUUCUAUAAUAACAAAACUAAGAAAACUGACAGAUUCUAGCAUUUAUCUUUAGGUCAUUAACUCCCUGGAUAAAAUAAUGUUACGUAUCACAAUGCCUUAGCAAGGAUCUCCAGAAGGAAAACAGGCCCACGACAUCGCAGAUCCCCCAAUAUAUAGAACAGUGGCCUUAAGAUGUUUUCCCACACAUUCAACCUUUAUUUUACAUCAUUAACUUGUUGUGGCCAAAAAUAUCAAUCUUACUCUAAUCUGACCAAAGCACACAGUUCAGGUUAAAGUCCCUGUAGCACAUGGCAACCUCUGCAUGUGUGAUGGUAAGACGGAAAAGGUUUUUAUGGCAUGCUUCCCAAACACUCGGGAAGCAUGUCUAAAGCGUCUAAUUGUUGUUAUGAAGGCUGUGGUGACACCAAGAUGCCAUUGUUUUCUGCAGSUCUCUAACAUUGAGCCUCAAAUUUUUGUUUCUCCCUCACUGUGUACUCCUUACUGUUCAUUAUGUCAAAAUAAAUUAUUAUCCUUUUCCAGCCUUGUUUGUUACAGUUUUAGUUGUUUAAAGCAUUUUAGUCAURACUCUUAACUUUGCAUACUAUAUCAAAUAUUUUCUUGUGUCUAUAACAUGACUUAGUAAGAUCAACACACAUCUGACCUGGCAUGAUGGCAUUGUUUGUUUUCCUUAUUUUGAAGGGUGUCUUAGAGAAACUAGCAACUGCACUCUAGGGGAACAGAGAGUUUUGGAUUCAAAUCCUGGAAAAUCUGAUCAACGUAAAAAAACAACAACAAACAAACAAAAGUAAAGCAUACGUUUGAGAAAACCUUCWGGUGACAUUAAUUUUUAUAGGAAUUGCCAAACUGUGUGCCACUGGGGGUUUUGUUCAAAACACUUGCUUAAUCUCAUUUCUCCCACCACCCAUUUUGAGGAAAUUAAGCAACUACAAUACACUUUUAUUUUUAAAAGUGUAAUUUUAUUUUUAAAAUUUGCCACACAACAGUUUUAUUUUUGAUACCCUUGAGCUACACGAAUAUAUGUAAUAAAGUCUCAUAGAUUUAUUUUCCAAUUUGUCACGGCCUUAAUUGUUUGUGCUAAAAGUGAAUUGUUUGUGCUAAAAGUGAAAAUACCGUUAUUGUAAGAGUUGUAUUGUAGCUUGGGGUUGGCCUAAUGUAAACCACUGCUGAUCAGGAGCAUUUAGAUUCAAACAUUAUAUCAACAGAACCAUAUUUUCAUUAAAAUGAUCUGUUUCUUG